AUGUUCUCGGCUGCACGCGCUUCUCAGCAGUCGGCGUGCCUUGUCCGCCGGUUACAACAACCGGUUUCACGCUACCACAAGAACGUUAUUGAUCAUUAUGAGAACCCAAGAAAUGUAGGAUCAUUGGACAAGGCAGACAAAUCCGUCGGUACUGGGCUUGUGGGGGCGCCUGCCUGUGGUGAUGUGAUGAAGUUGCAAAUCAAGGCAAACAGUGAGGGACGCAUCAUCGAUGCGAAAUUCAAAACAUUUGGUUGUGGAUCGGCCAUUGCGUCCAGCUCGUUGGCUACGGAAUGGGUGAAGGGAAAGACAGUGAACGAAGCAAGCUCGAUCAGAAACAGUGAUAUCGCCAAGGAACUCAAGUUACCUCCAGUUAAACUUCAUUGUUCCAGUAAGUUCCGCUUUCAGAUGGCCAUCAUGCGCUUGACACCAGUGUACACACCGGGCCUAUCGCCGGAUUUUCAUAUCAUUCUGCUUGCGGAGGAUGCGAUAAAAGCAGCUCUAAGUGAUUACAAGAAAAAGCAGGACAAGCGUGAAUUUGCUGACCGGAAGGUCCGUGGUUCGAAUCUGACCUCCGCCUCUCGACUUCCCCUGCCUAGGCUUCGGCAACCUGGCAGUAUCCCAGCCCUCGUGCAACCUUCGGGUGGCAUGGUAGCUAGGCACCGAAAGGGCGCUACAGCUGAAUGA